AUGUCCACUCUACCUGAAGAACGAGUUCUGAAACCCCUCGACCCCGUCCCCGAUGAUGUCAAUGACUGGCCGGACUUUGCAUUGCGAGAAACAAAAAUAUUCUAUCAAGGAAAAGGCCGCUAUGCAGACCUUCUACAGGCUUCGGAAGAGGCACCACUCUGUGUCGUGGGAGAGUUGAUGCCGUUGGACGACGAGCAGGAACAUCUUGCCUUGAUAGAGGAACCACUAUAUGCACGUAUAAAGAUCGACAACGUUACGAAUUACAGCUUUGGUCAAGAUGACAACGGGAAGCCCGUUAUUUGGGCUGCAGGGAAGGCGGGCUGGUACGAGAUUUCACCCUCAGAUCGCUAUCUGAGUCAUUUCAACGACACUUUAGAAGCUAUUGAUUUGUUUUAUUUCAUGGUAGAUCAGCACCAGAAGCUUGGACGGAAACGCCAGAGGCUGGGAUUCAUGAUCGACCCAUUUCUUACCGCAUACCAGAAGCACACGGGUUACAGGAUUGAUGACGAUGACGAAGCCAUGGAAAUGAUUCAUAAACAUCACCGCUUCCUGCUGAGGCAGAUGCUUGAAGAGAGGGAAGGGAUCGACUGGUCGCAAACAUAUUUAUGGAAACAUUUAGCCGAGACUUACGCAGACGAACUGGAGGUAUUGAAGACAACCUUGGCAAGAGUCAAUCAGAAUAGCCUACCAGAGGCUUCAGACUUGUCGGAAGAGGAGGAGGAAGAUGAAGGUGAAGAAGAAGAGGAAGAAGAACAAGAAGAAACGCACCAGGACAGAGAGGGCACGUCAGAAGGGUCCGACGGGGACGCUUCCGAAGCAAGUUCCGAGGCAGCGUCCAGCAGCGCGACAGAGACCAAGCCGGAGCCAAUUGACUGGACCAGACCUAUAUGGGAUAUGCUAAACAUACUCCGGAAGUCGGCGAACUUCAAUAUGCGACACUGUGGAAUCGACGAAGCCGCCACGGAGCUACAGAAGUUGCCUGCGUUCGAUGGAUCACACGAAGACGCAGUGGCCGCGUUUGAGCGCUCAGCAGAGCCUUUACUGAAAUUGAUGAACGAGGCAAAACUCCGAAAGAAGUUCAAUUGGUCUACCCGGAGAAUUUACGACGAGUUGGAAGCUACUCUUGCCGAUGUGGUCGCAGAUGAGACCAUGAAGACUCCCCAAAAACCCGGUGGAGGGAAACCCCAGCGGCAUCGAAUGAAGUCUGUGCUCCGUCCCAGCGGAGCUAGCAAAUCACACAAGCGCGCGAGAGGCACCGUGGAAGAGGACGAAGACGAGGUGAUGAGUGACGUUCCCAUUUCAUCACCAGUAGCUCGACGACAAGCUGGCCCGCUACCACCCAGUGGUUUGAGAGAAACCACAGUAGAUUCGGGGCCCAGUCGCGAAGAUAGUCCCAGUCGACAGCUGAAUGGUCAUCUGGGUGCCGACGCGUUGCCAGAGCUACCGCCUGGGCCGGAGGCGCAAGAGAUGCUCGACUUGGUUGCCCAAGAGGCCAAGCGAGUUGGUCGGCAGCAUCAGACGGGUCAUCUGCAAGCAUUCCUGGGGCAGUGGGUUGUCUGA